UCGCGGUCGGAAUUCCGAGGGGAUAGCUCGCGAUUUUCGCGGAAUGGGGUGCAAUAAAGGUAAACGAGGCCUACUGUGACCCCUCAAAUUUUUUUUUAUUAUAAAAUUCUUUUGAUCCAGGAUGGGGAAAGGGAAAAAGAGAGUACUCUCACGUCAGAUUAUUCUGGGGGCCCUGAAGAGGGCCCAAUUUUUUUUGGUAAUGGCUCGCGAUUUUCCCCGAAUGGGGGCAAUAAACGCAAAAAAAGCAGCAAACAGCUAGGGACCCUUUUAAAUGUGAGUUUCCUAAGUGAUUGGGCUACCUAGCUGUUGUAAAAGCCGAUGUGGAAGGGACGCUGUGUCGCACAGCUUUACGACUUGACCCUUUGGUGUGAGCAAAAAAAGGGUUUUCCCACCAGCCGUAUGGAUUGUUAAUGUGGGAGGUUGAAGUCCAAAUUUCCCAUAUGCUGACGUUGGAACAAUGGAACGAGAGGAACAAGCCAAUGGAGAGGAACCGGCCAUUUUCAGCAAUAAAAAUUAUUAUUUUCCUAUUGGAGAGGGGAAGCUUCUCCACCAAUUUUUCCAAUGCGUCAGUAUCCCGAAAAACCUCUUUGAAGACAGAGUUGGAUCUUACGCAUUCUUGCUCUGUACUCGAAUUAGUGUUCUGAAAUUGGUGAUAAGAAACUGCAGUGUGGUGAAAGUGAUUGAUAGCAUAAUGGUGAAGUACACUGCUGUGGAAUAUGCGGAUAUGGUGUCCAUCUAUGGUGUUGCGAGGGGUAAUGGCUCGCAAGCAGCACGGUUGUACGCGGAACAGUACCCUCAACGAAUGGUACCUGAUCCACGUACAUUCCGAGACGCCCUCCAACGUCUUCGGGAAGGCAAUAUUCUCCCGCGAUAUGGGGGGGUAGGGCGUCCGAGACAUGCUGCUGGGGUUCGCGUGGAGGAGGCGAUCCUGGAGGCCGUGGAGGAGGAUCCCGAACAAUCCAUUAGCAGCAUCGCGGCUUCACUGGGAGUUGGAGAGAGCAGGGUCGAACGAGUUUUACGGGAGGAAGGCUUUCGCCCGUGGAAAUUUACCCCGGUCCAGGACUUGAAGCCGGAGGACCUCCCGAAGCGUGUGGCCUUCUGUCGAUGGCUCCUCGACAGAAGUGAAGAGCCAGACUUCCUCAGGAACAUGUUAUGGACGGACGAAAAACUUUUUGCGAAGAAGGGCAUCGUCAACCAGCACAAUGAGCAUCAUUGGGCGGUUGACAACCCCCGACUCGCAAGAAGUUCAAAGUUCCAAUAUCGCUGGGGAACGUUGAAUAUCUGGGGAGGAAUCCUGGGCGAUGAAGUCCACAUUCAUCAUCUUCCAGGACGUCUGGACGGUGGGAACUAUUUGGGGUUUCUCCAGGAGCAUCUUCCGGGGAUAGUUGGUGAUGGCCCGGAUUCCCGAGAUGUGUGGUUCCAGCAUGACGGAGCACCAGCCCAUACCUGCGUUCCGGUGGUCCAGCAGCUGAAUGAAUGGUUUCCCCAGCGUUGGAUCGGGAACCGGAACGACCGCGACAGGGCCGGACACCGCCAACCGCCCGUUGCGUGGCCCCCACGAUCUCCAGAUCUUACCCCACUCGAUUUUUUCUUGUGGGGUACUCUGGAGUCGCGCGUCCACGCUCAUCACCCCGCGAAUCAGGAGGAAAUGGUUGCACUGCUGCACGCUGCAGUUGCAACUAUCACUCCUGGUGAACUGGAGCGAAUGCGGAGCAAUCUACUUCAACGGGCCCGACUGUGCAUCGCCGCUGGAGGUGCACAUUUUGAGAACUACUUAUAGUUCACCAAAAAAAAAUCGGCCCUUUUCAGGGCCACGACAAGAAUCUAACGUGAGAGUACUCUCUUUUUC